AUUCCGCAUCGAUAUUGCACCGGAAUGCAAGCGACACCGUUUUAGUGCAGAUUUAAGGCGCCUGUGUCAAAACGGAGCUAGAUUUUUAAGUCAGGAUUGUCUGUUUUCCCCGUCCGACACAGGCCUAGCUGUAGCAAGCUAGCGGCAGGCGAAGCGGGCAAACCUCCUUCAGACCCGCGCUCCGAUCUUGAUAGCAUGGAUCCGGACAAUGGGGCGGACACUCAGCGAACUCUUAGUCUGCAAUGGAAGAGCUAUAAGCUAGUACAAGACCCUGCCCUCCGGCGGGUUACUCAGAAGAUCUACAGAUAUGAUGGGAUUCACUUUAGUGUUCCGGAUUCAGGAUUUCCACCUGUGGGGGACUUGCGUGAUCCAAGACCCCGCAGAAUCUGGUCUAGACACACAGAGCUGUCACUGCCAGUGCCCAAAUUUAAGUUGGACGAGUAUUACGUAGGCCCUAUACCUCUUAAAGAAGUGACGUUCGCAAGACUGAAUGAUAACAUAAAGGAGCCGUUCCUGGCAGAGAUGUGCGCCAAGUUUGGUGAGGUUGAGGAAAUGGAGAUUCUGUUUCAUCCCAAGACACGGAAGCACUUGGGCUUGGCCCGCGUCCUCUUCACCAACACUAGAGGGGCCAAAGACACAGUUAAACACCUGCACAACACUUCUGUCAUGGGAAACAUUGUCCAUGUCCAGCUGGAUAUCAAAGGCCAACAGAGGAUGAAGUAUUAUGAUUUGAUAGUAAGCGGCUCAUACACCCCUCAAACAGUGCCGACCGGAGGCAAAGCUCUCACAGAGAAAUUUCAGCCCCCUGUUCCAACACAACCAGAUACGUCAUCUGAUAUUCGGCGGAGGCUCUCCACAGACCAGAUGGCAGCUCCUGCUGCUGCCACUCUGAACUCUGGCAGUACCACCCCCUGUUCUGCGGACACUGGGUUUGGAGAUCAGCGCCUUGACACCCCUCCAUCUUCAAUGGGGGGACCCUAUACACCGGGCUCCUCUGCAUCUUCACAGGGUGGGGGCACCCCAUAUACUCCUCGCUCUGGAACCCCUUUCUCCCAGGACUCGGGCUACACUGUUGCCAGGCAUGGUGGCUAUAGCAGCACUCAGAGUUUCCCCCAGCAGGAUAUGCUUCCAUCUUCCUCCUGCUCCUCCUCAGCGGUCUCGUCGUCAUCAGGGUUUAAGCCCCCUCGCUUUCAUGAUGACCUACAUGCUCCACCUCCACAAGAUGUGUUCCAAAGGGGUCGGCCUGGAUUUCCUCCAUCUGCACCUUUCAGACCUAAUGAACCUCCCUAUCCGUAUCCCAGUGCUGGAGGUUCAGGGAUGCACAUGCCCUUACACCCACCCAUACCACCUCAAUUUGAGCAACCCCCACUGUCUGACAGGGAGAGAGACAGAGACAGAGAAAGGGGACAUCGGGAUCGGGAGAGAGACUCUGGAGGAGGGCGCUAUGGAGGUGGAAUAAGUUCCAGACGCUCCUCCUACCCCUAUCAACAAGAAACAAACUCCUCUUCCACUUCCAAAUCCUACCAUGCACACCACUCGCAUCAUGCUGACCGGCGGGAGGACAGGGACGGCAGGGGCUACAGGCGGGACAGUUCAGGCUCCCGUUCAGGAGAUCACAGUAGGCAUCGGAACCACCAUCACUCCCACAACCACCACAGUGGCGGAGGAGGGUCGAGUCGACGGAGGAGCAGCAGGGACCGGGAGUGGGAGCGAGACAGAGAUGGAGAAUUCAACCCGUCUGAUCCACGUUAUGGGGGCCACUCGAACUCUAGCCACCACUCAUCCAAUAGUCUCUCCCCUCCCUCUGCUACCUCCUCAUUUGGAGGAUUCUCCUCAUCUAAAGACUUGUCCCCCUACGACACACCCUCCUCCUCUCGGCUGGAGCCCUCGUCGGCUUUCCGUCCCCAGCAGGGUGCAGGUGAGAGGGCUUUUGGGAUGGGAGGAAGCAUGGACAAUGACUAUCGUGGUCAUUCACACCACACACCCCUGGCACCUCCACCGCCUCCACCUCCCCUUCCGCCAGCCUCUGUCAUUGCAGCUGCCGUGGCCGAGACACUCAGCUCGCUUGAUUUCGGUCAGGACAGUCCCAUCAGAGAAGAACAAUGGACCAAACCCAAACGCCAUCCCAGCACCCCACCCCUUCCACCUCGGACACCUCCAACCUCCUCGCCUCCCCACGCCUCCAUCCCAUCAUCAUCUACCUCCCCGUCCUCAACCUCCCUGCCUCACCAUCUUCCUUCUUCUACGGCAUCCCUCUCUCCACCUCCUCCACAGCGUGACUCUUCUCCGGAGCCUGACUCCACCAAUGAGAGCCUGCCGUUCAUGCACCACAGCAGCAGCUUGGACUCACGUAUUGAGAUGUUGCUGAAGGAACAAAAGGCCAAGUUUUCCUUCCUUGCCUCAGAUGAUGAGGAUGAUGAGAAGGAUGAGGUCAGAGAGAGAGGAAAAUCAGAUGAGAACAAAGAUGGAGGAAACAAACUGAGAGAGGGUGGUGGAGAAAGGCCCAGUCACAAGAGACAAGGAGAGAUGGAGGCAGGUCAACAGAGGAGGAGAGGAGAGAAAGAUGGACGGCGCAACAGGGGCAAAAGGCAAAUUAGUAGUGUAGGGGAAGGAAGGAAAACGCCGCCAGAGGUGGCGUCCUCCACUCCCACUGUACACAGUUUAGUGUCAGAGUCUCUUCAGGGCCAAAUACCUCCACCUCAGGAAGAGCACACAACCUCUGACACACACAGGGCUCCACACACACCACCCACCUACAAUGGUGAAGCACAGCCGUCUCCUCGCUCGUCUGGCGAAGAUAUGGAAAUAUCUGACGAAGAUGACAACACCAUCACCACAGCAACAUCCCAUCCUGCAGCCUCUUCAUCCUCUUCACCAGCAACCUCCUCACAGUCUGCCCUCCCGUCCCAAACCACAGAUCCCUCUGCAAGCCCUGCCCCUGACACCAGCCAGCACUUCAGCGCCACAAUGCCACCUCCACCCAUCCCAUCUUACCCUCCUCACCUCCCUCCUCCACCCCUUCCCGGCUUCUCCCUGCAGCCUCCUCCGCCCCCUGGCAUACCUCCUCCACUACCACACAUGGAGCUGCACCCAGAGUACCCUCCUCCGCUGCCCCACCACAUGUACGAUUACGCCAGCUCCAUGGAGCUUAUGAGCCAGUACUGUGGGGGAGCGCCCAUGUCAUUCCAGAUGCAGACACACAUGCUCAGUCGUCUCCACCAGAUGCGUAUGGCCUCCUCCAACAGCACAGCAGCACCACCUGCAGAAGUCCCACCUGCUUCUGAAUAUCCUCCCUCAUAUCACCUCCAUUCAAUACCCCCUCCGCAUGCACCUCCACACCACCCUCACCACCCAUACAUGGACCAAGAUGGGAAUGUUGCUAGCCAUUAUGAUCAGGACCACCGCUACAUCCCUCCUCCUUUACCGUAUGCAUACCCAGACCCUCAUGCAGCGCAGCUUCCACACCAUCACGCCAUCCCGCCUCCACACACCCCCUGGCCUCCUCACCUACUGCCCCAGCAAUUUCCUUCCCACUAUCCUCCUCCUGGCUUUGGCGCAGUGCCCGGCGUGGAUGGAGAACUGUAUGGAGCGGCAGGCGACCAGAUAGCCAUAAUGGGCCACAACCCCUGUGAGGCUGUAGUGCAGCAGGUUCUGGCAGCUUUGAUCGAGGAGAUGAAGAACAUCAUGCAGAGGGACCUGAACCGCAAGAUGGUGGAGAAUGUCGCUUUUGGUACCUUUGAUGAGUGGUGGGACCGCAAGGAGCGGAAAGCUAAGCCAUUCCAGACAGCCAUGCGAGGAGUUGCGGUGGUGCGUGAGGAGGAGAAGAAGGAGGAGAAGACAACGACGACAAGUAAUAGACCUCGAGAGCCGCUCAUGUCUCUGGUAGACUGGGCCAAGAGCGGAGGCAUGGAGGGGUUCUCCCUGCGGGGGGCAUUACGCUUGCCUUCUUUCAAGGUGAAGAGGAAGGAGCCUCAGGAGCUUGUGGAGGGUGAUGAGCUGAAGAGAGCCAGACCUUCUACUCCACCAGAUGAAGAAGAUGAGGACUCUUAUCAGGGUAAAUCAGCCGACGCUGCUGCUGGAAGAACAGAGGAGCGGCGUGUGGCAGACAGAGGAGCAGCCAGGAGGAGGAGCAGAGCCAAGGCACGCAAGCCAUACGACCUGGACAGCGAAGGAGAAGAGACAUCAGAUGGGUCCUCCUCUGAGAAGGAGGAUGAAGACAGUGACAAAGUGGAUGAGUCAGAAGAUGAAGCCCUUAGUGCAGACAGUGAUGACGAGAGUGUUUCUUCCUCCUCUUCUGAGAGCUCAUCAUCCUCCUCAGCAUCGUCCUCUUCUUCCGAUGAGGAGGAUGAAGAGGAAGGUGAGCAGGCUGCAGAGAGCGAGUCAUUGGACACAAUGGAUGAGUCUACGAUGGACAGUGUGGCAGCGGUAGACACAGAAAAGAAUGAAAGGGACAAAGUAAGUUUAGACCAAUCAUCAGUGACCACUCCAGAGGACAAACAAGAAGAAGAGAAAUCAGUUACACCUGUGCCUCCAUCUUCUCCGUACCCUCGUCCUUCUUCACCCAUUCUCCUCCUUCCCCCACUGAAGAAGCGGCGCAAGACCGUUUCUUUCUCAAUGGAAGAAAGCGAGGUCAAGCCUUCUGUUCAGUCAUCUUCUGCUUCUUCUCCAUCUCCCUCUCCGGUUUCACAAGCUUCAGACGUUCCUCCAUCCGUGUCUCCUGUAAGCACACCCACACCAGCAGCUCCUUCUGCCACCUCCAAGCCCGUCCCGAUGCUCCUUCCGUUUGCCUCUCGUCCCAGUGAAAGCAGUGCCCUGACCUCCCCUGCUUCCCCUUCAGCCAUUCUUACCGUCCCUCCACCUGUUCGUUCCCUGCAGCCUGAUGAGCCCAAAAAGAGUCCAGGUCCCCCUCCAUCCCCACAAACUCCCCCUGUCAAAAACUCCUCCAAACGUGGCAAAGACUCCCCCCGAACACCUCCUGCGCCUGUCUGCCUCACGGUCCAAAAUCUCCCUCUCGACCAUGCCUCCUUGGUCAAAAUGGCAUACGAGGAUCCCGUCCCAUUGCCAACAACACAAAAGGGCCGUGCACGUGGUCGCCCUCGAACACUCAGCCAGUCGGCUUCAGCUUCUCAUCUUCAUCCUGCUCUGGAGGAAGAGGAGGAUGAAGAGGAGCUGGAGCAGCGGUUGAAACUCAGGGAACAGCUGGGAGUGUCCAGCCUGCUGCAGCUUGCCUCUGCCCCCAAGCCUGACCUCUCUGUUCUGGCCGAUGUAGCGCUCAAGAUGGACCCAGAGGCUGAUAUCGACUCAGAAGAAACUGAGACCUCCGACGAGGCAGAGGAGCACAAGCUGGAGGAAGAAGAGGGAGACUUCUUUGCCCCGCACCCACGCCAACCACUCCUGGAUCCAGAGGGUCUAUUCGUCAUGCAGGAGCACAACUAUUCUAAAACUCCUGCGCCUUCACACAUUACGCCUCCACAGAAGAGGACGAAACAAGACCCCACCGUCCUGCUUCCUGCUGAUCUCAAUCAGCACGGGGUUCAAGAAGCUCCUGAAGAAGUCAUCGGAGAAGCUCUUGCUGCCAGGGCAGAGGCUCCGGAGCUAUACGGGGAUCUGGACCUGCUGUGUGAUGGAAGGGAGACAGCGGAAACCCAGACCAAGACCCUCAGCUCACCAUACAAGAGGACUGGCUCGAUCAGCAAAGAGGUGGAAAUGGAGGAGAGGGGGAAAGGUAAAAACAAGAAGAGAAGUAGGAAGGACAAAGAGAAUGAGGAACUACAGACCUCAAAGAAACAGAAAGAAAAGCAGGUCAAGAAACAGAAGAAACGGAAGUUAGAGGAAUUUGAAGAAGAUGUGGAUGUGGAGCAGUUGGAGUCUGGUGAGCUUUCCAGCUCCACCUCUGACUCAGGAGACUCUGACUUUGGUCUGGAGCGAUCGCUGGAGUUUGAAAAAGAAGAGGUUAGAAAAAGCGAACGCCUUUUCCUACAAGAAGCUGGCUUGACUCCCUCGACCCAGCGGCGACCCAAACACAUGCCUGAAUCUCUACCCAUACCCUGUCCCUCAUACAAGAACCGGAGUGAGUUUGAGCAGAUGACCAUCCUGUAUGACAUCUGGAACUCUGGCCUGGACCAGGAAGAUAUGAGACUCCUGAAGAGCACCUAUGAGAAACUGCUGCAGGAUGACCAUGGCACAGACUGGCUCAAUGACACACACUGGGUCCCUCAUACUAUCACCAACAUCCCGAACCCCCGGCGGAAAAAGAAGACAGCAGAUGGGCAGCUUAGAGAGCACGUCACCGGCUGUGCUCGUAGUGAAGGCUACUAUGCCAUCAGCCGCAAGGAGAAGGACGUCUAUCUUGAGCUUGACCAGCCAGUGACAUUGCGGGAAAUUGGGGACUACGAUACUGCAGGCUCAAAUCGUGUGCUGUCUGAAAGGCGCUCAGAGCAGCGACGUCUCCUCAGCGCUAUCGGCACUCCAGCAGUGAUGGACUCAGACCUGUUGAAACUGAACCAGCUCAAGUUCCGCAAGAAGAAGUUGAGGUUUGGCCGCAGCCGAAUCCAUGAAUGGGGCUUGUUUGCUAUGGAACCCAUCGCUGCAGACGAGAUGGUCAUUGAAUAUGUGGGACAGAGCAUCAGACAGAUGGUGGCUGAUAAUCGGGAGAAGCGAUAUGCCCAGGAAGGCAUCGGGAGCAGUUACCUAUUCCGUGUCGACCAUGACACUAUCAUUGAUGCCACAAAGUGUGGUAACUUGGCUCGGUUUAUUAACCACUGCUGCACACCCAACUGCUACGCCAAAGUGAUCACCAUCGAGUCCCAGAAGAAGAUCGUGAUAUACUCCAAGCAACCUAUUGGUGUAAACGAGGAGAUCACAUACGAUUACAAGUUCCCCAUCGAAGAGAACAAAAUCCCAUGUCUAUGUGGCACGGAGAGCUGCAGAGGAACCCUCAACUAAAGGUGUCCUACUCCUGAUACAUGACUCGCCAAUCAACUGUCCUGGCCCACAAGCUACUUUUCUCAGAGCGCACAAUAAUGUAGGUAGUGUGUGUAACAGGGCUUCUAUACAGACACUGAUGUUUAGCCCGAGUCAAUGGGAUCUCAGCACUGCCGCAACACCUCGACUCCCACCUACAGUUUUGUUUUUUAUUUGUCCUCCAGACCAGGCCCUUAUCUGAUUUUGCUCCACCUGUUGCAGCUGUGUGUUGUUUUUGCCACGCUCUAUGCUUUGAACUGCAGCUGUCUACCAACCAAACACACACGCACACAUAUUCUUCUCAUUUGUGCACAACAACCACCUUAAAGUGCUGGGCCUUGUUUCAAGGGCGAUUUUAAAGACCUGCUUAACAACAUGAAUUUAACAUCAUAUUGCAGCAUCCCUGUUGAGAGAGAGAGUAGUCAUUUUACUUUAUUAUUAUUUAUUAUCCUCGUUCAGAUGCCUUCGUUUAGGUCAGAUUUGUCCCUGUCGUGUCAUCAUUAGAUCUGCUUCAAAGCACCUCUGUAUAUUUUUUGCAAUAUGGAGCUGUUUUGGCACAUCUUCAAAACUUCUUCACAGCUGAACUGAUAUUAUUGAUAAAAUUCCCCCCUUCCAGUAUGAUGUGCUGGUGGUCUACACCUUAUAUGGUACAGUAUUGUAAGUUGUUGCGUUGUACAUUACUGUUUUAUUUGUACAUUCUUCAUAAAUUAGGUGUUACAAUGCCAGUACACUGUAACGCAAAGUUAUCACAGAGGUUAUUUAGAACCUACUAUUAUUUUUAACCCACCCCUUGCGUUAUGCGAUACCCGUUUCAUCAAUAGUUUUUAGCAAUUUAAGAAGAGCAAGGGCAGUUGAGGCCAUCGUUUUGAGUGCGCUGAAAUAUAUGCACAUUGAUAUUUUAGCAUAAGAUUGGAAUUAUUCAUCGGGUUUUCUUUUGCCAUUGAUGUUUUUAUGGACCGCUGAGGAGUUGUGGAGCAAUUGAGCAUUUGUUUUAAGAUGAAGCCUCGACUUGGGAACUAAUAUCUCCCUUUCAUACAAUGUAUUUCCACCUAAGUUAGAAGAAAUAUGUAGGACACACAAAUAUUGUGCCUAUUUUAAAAUGGAUGUCCCAGAUCUCCUGAGAGAUGUGCAUGUGUGAAGAUUCGCUAGAACGGGUGGUCGUGUCUGUUCCUUCUUUUCUGUCCUUUUGUAUUACUGACUCUCUCUCUUUCUUUCUCUCCUUCUCUCUGCCAUAUUUUGACAUUUUGACAUGACAUUACAUUUUUGCUCCGUUUUUUUCCCCUUUUAUCCGAGGGCCUUGCCAGCAUUCUGUUCCUUUGCGAGGAAGAGCUGUAAAAUAUGUAGAUUUAUUGCAGUCUUUCAGUAAAAACUGAUCCACAAAAGUGUAACCGUAAAAAAAAAACCCUGAAAAGGACAAAAAAGUUCAAAAGAAUUACAUGUAAAUAUUGUAGAGGUGUUUGUUUCUCGUAGAAACACACUGGUUCUAGUCUGUAAAUAUGUUCAUCCUUUUCCUACUUCCCAUUGCAAGAAAAUAAUUGUACAUACCUAUCAUUCAGUUAUUUGUUUUUGUUGUUUUUUUUCUUUUGAUUUAAAGUUUUAAUAUUAUUUGCAAUAUUUCUCUUGUAUUAAUGCGUUGGACCCUUUAUUAAUGGUGCAUUAAAAUAUUUUUUACAAAAUAA